CGGCUCCCUCCAGCCUGGGCGCCAGUGAUUGACAGGGGGCCAUUUAAAUACAACCUGCCCCUACCCCACCCCCGCAGCGUGCGCGCGGCGGUGUUUCCCUGCCUGUGCCCAGGAGGCGCGGAAACCGCCCGAGCCUUUUGACAGACUCUGGGCAGCAGCAGCCGCUUCCCCGCCGCCGCCGCUGCAGGCAGACGCACCAGGCUUCCAAUGUGACAUCACCCACCCCCGGAGCGGGGCCGCGCGCCUUUAAGGGAGCCACUUUCCCUGCUGCGAGCGGGAGGGGGAGGAAGAGAGGCGAGAAAUCAAUCAAUAAAUCACCGAGGGGGAAGCCGCUGCGGGACCAGCCGAUUUCGCCCGGGAGCCGCGCCUGCUGGGGCCCGAUCCGCCUGCUCUGCAGACGCCGAAGGGAUCUUGAGCGCAGACCUCAAGGGAGCGCCCUGAAAACUUCCUCCCGUGGCCCCUUCGAGGCGGUGCAGCGAUCUUGGCGGCGCAUGGUGCCUGGCUGGAUGGUGUGGUAGCGGGGGGAGCGUUUGGCGAGGCCAGGGGGUGGGGGAGGCUGCUGCAUCGGUCUCCCCUAUGGACGAGAACAGCCCUCUGUCUCCCAAGGCAAAUGCUUUCAGUAUCGCCUCUCUGAUUUCAGUCGCCGCCGAGCACGCAGGGAAGGAAGCGCUGGAGGAGCCCAGCGGUGGCCUUAGCAAGCACUUCAGCCCCGGCUCCCAGCCGCAGAGGAUGCAUUUCAGCACCGUCACCAGAGACAUGGAAGCCAUCUCCAGCCCCUGGCUCACCCAGCUGUCCCAUUUUUGCGAUGUUGCAGCUUUCACGGCCAACAGCCUGAGCAGCCUGAACGCCUCCGGCGGCUACCACCUCUCCCCUUCCCCGGGGGACCCCUACGGGCAGCCCGAGCCGCCGCACUACGAGCCCUGCUCGGCCCAGCAGCACCCGCACCAGCACGGCUACCCGUUCGGAGGCGGCCCGGGCUCGGGCCCCAACCCGCCGCCGCCCGGCCCGGAGCCACCCGAGAGCGGCGGCGGCGCGGCUGCUUCGGGCUGCUCCGUCGCGCCGGCGGCCAAAGCGCCCGUCAAGAAGAACCCCAAGGUGGCCAAUGUCAGCGUGCAGCUGGAGAUGAAGGCGCUGUGGGACGAGUUCAACCAGCUGGGCACCGAGAUGAUCGUCACCAAGGCCGGCAGGCGCAUGUUCCCCACCUUCCAGGUGAAGAUAUUUGGAAUGGACCCCAUGGCUGAUUACAUGUUGUUAAUGGAUUUUGUGCCCGUGGACGACAAAAGAUAUCGAUAUGCCUUCCACAGCUCCUCCUGGCUGGUGGCCGGCAAAGCUGACCCUGCUACCCCAGGGAGAGUUCAUUAUCACCCCGACUCUCCUGCUAAAGGAGCCCAGUGGAUGAAACAAAUAGUAUCCUUCGAUAAACUGAAGCUGACCAACAAUCUAUUGGAUGACAAUGGGCACAUCAUUUUGAACUCCAUGCACAGAUACCAGCCUCGUUUUCAUGUGGUCUACGUGGACCCCAGGAAAGACAGCGAGAAGUAUGCAGAGGAGAACUUUAAAACGUUUGUGUUCGAGGAGACCCGCUUCACCGCCGUGACCGCCUAUCAGAAUCACAGGAUCACACAACUCAAGAUUGCCAGCAACCCCUUCGCUAAAGGAUUCAGAGACUGUGAUCCAGAAGACUGGCCCAGGAAUCACAGACCAGGGGCCCUUCCUCUGAUGAGUGCUUUUGCCAGGUCCAGGAAUCCAGUCUCUUCCCCUGCACAUCAGAAUGGGACUGAGAAAGACGCUGCGGAGAGCCGACGGGAGUACGAGCGGGAAGCGGCCGGCGGGACCCCUCUCCACGCCGACCCCGCGCACCAGCAGCUCAUGUCGCGGGUGCUGAGCCCGGCCCUGCCCGUCCCCGGCGCGGGGGGCCUCGUCCAGCUCAGCAGCACGCCCGGGAGCCGGCCCAGCCCCCCGCACCACGAACUGCGGCUGGAGCCCCCCGCCUCGGAGCCCCUGCACCACCACCCCUACAAGUACCCGGCGGCGGCCUACGACCACUACCUGGGGGCGAAGAGCCGGCCCGCCCCCUACCCCUUACCCAGCAUCCGGGGCCACGGCUACCACCACCACCACCACCACCACAUGGGCCCGCCGCCGGCCAACGUGUACUCCUCGGCGGGCGCGCCGCCCAGCUACGACUACGGGCCGCGGUAACCCGCCCGCCCCCUGCCCUGCCCUGCCCUGCAUGGUGUGCGCCCCCCCGGCUGCCGAGGGGAGAACUCCCGCC